GAUAUAAUAAUUGUUGUAAUCAGUCCUGGUGAUACUUCUUGUGUUGCAAGUUUUGUUUUAUUGUUUUUGAACUCAUCAUCUCAUCAUGUACCGUUUACUGUCUUUGUGUUUUAUCUUAGGCAUAAUUCAUCAUACUAGUGGAUUUUACAAUCACUUCCCCCAAUACGGACAUGGUUUUUAUCCACACGACUAUGGUUAUCACCACCACAGUCAUCAACACGACGAUGACUAUGAUCACCAAGACCAUUAUCACCACAGUGAUUCUGAUGAAGAUGAUCACCAUCAGAAUGAAGAUUGUGAUUACGGCGGCCAUCAUCAUCCUCAAGAAGAAUCCAAUAGUGAGGAGAUUGAAAAAUUCAUAGAAGUAGUAAACAAAUAUGUCGAAGCCGACACGUCCUUUAAGAACUUUUGUUACAACUAUUCACAGGUCAGCCCAUUAAUUACCUAUGGAAGAAACGCAUGCGUUUUUAAAUACCUUCUACCAGGAAAUGGAGUGUUUAAGGUUGAGGUUAGAAUAAUGAAACAAAUUUUAGGAGUAUCAGUUAUGGCGCUAACUGGUGAUUCGAAGACCAAUUUAUUUAAAGACAUGAGAGUGUUGCCAGAUAUAUUAAACAUUAAUCAAGCGGACUGGUCGGUGUCGAAACGUCACUUGAAAAUCACGAUCCCAUAUAAAGUUCCACUUAUGACUGAGUUUUCAGCUGAAUGCGACAUUUUUAAUAAUGACAUAAUUAUUGUUCCAUCCAAAAGUGUUUCGAAAUUUGAAUAUAGAAUGGGUGAAUGAAGACCGGUUAAGAUUUAAUUAAAAAAUGAUCUUCUUGAUUUUGUCGCAUAAUUUUUUUACUUGUAUAACAUUAUACUUUUAAUUAGUAUGUUCAAUCGUAUAAUAAUAACUACGAAUAGAACAUAAGGUAAGGUAUGCCAAUUAAAAAGUUUUAUAAUAUAGUUCUGACACUAUUUAGUCAAAUAAACGUGAUAUGUUUUCGCUUG